AUGUUCGACUACGUCCCAAAAGAGAUUCUUCCUCUCGGAUUCUUCUUUUUCUUUUGUUCAGUUAUUGGGAUUGCAGGGAACGUUGUGAUGCUGAUGUGUUCAUUCAGGACAAAAAGAUUUCGAUCACCAUGUUAUAUCUUGAUUACUGUAACAUGCCUGGCAGAUGCUAUUCAUAUCAGUGGCCAGUUUCCGUUCUGUGUUCAUCUUUUUGGAAAUCUAACCUCCACCCAAGCCCAAUGUUUCUACAUGCUCACCGUACCUCUUAUCGGUUUAACCUCUGGUGGCCCUCUCAUCCUUUCUAUGGGUAUAGAUCGUCUUAUUGCUGUCAAAUAUCCCACAAGAUAUCGAAUUAUUCAAGACGAGCCAAAACUGUACAUCUUCGUUCAACUACUCUUCCCGAUGGCUUAUGCUGUCAUUUUUCUGAUUUAUGGAUUCCUAGUUAGGGAUACUAAUGUCAAAAAUCAAAUAAUCUGUGCGAACCCUCUGGCUCUCAAUGGAACUGCUUUCCAAAUGUUCACAUAUUCCAGUGGAGUCAUUUAUGUUUUCGUGUUUAUAGUCUAUCUCACAGUAUAUCUGCUUCUGAAAAACAACAAAGCUAGUGCUCGAUUCAAAAGUGUCUUCCGCUCUCUGGCCGUUACAGUAGGCCUUGUCAUGUUCGGAUGGGUCUCCACCACCACUGCCAACACCCUAUCCUACUCUAUAUCUGACACUCCUUAUACCGCUCAACUCAUUCAAAUGUAUGCUGGAAUUACAGUCAAUGCUGCAGCGGCGUCGAAUGUUUUCGUUUUCUAUGCAAUCAACUCCGAAUACCGUGAAGUGAUCAAAGCGUUGUUCGGAAUGAAAAGCAAAGCCAACUCCCCUGCAUUCGAAGCGUCUAGCACUAUGGUCACCGUCAAGUCUGAUGCAAAUUUACAGAAGAGACGAUCUACGAUCUUGUCAUCAAAAUCCGUCGUUCCCAUUAUCAACUGA